AUGGAUACCAAUAUGGAGGACGUCAAGAUGCCAGAGCCCAUGCAGCUGUCGUCUGCCCCCACGUCUGAGCCGACCACAAUCCCCACGCUGGAUGGCUGGAUCGAGAGCCUCAUGAGCUGCAAGCAGCUGGCCGAGAGCGAUGUGCAGAGACUAUGCGACAAGGCCCGCGAGGUACUCCAGGACGAGUCCAACGUACAGCCAGUGAAAUGCCCCGUCACAGUCUGCGGUGAUAUACAUGGCCAGUUCCACGAUCUGAUGGAGUUGUUCAAGAUCGGCGGCCCCAACCCGGACACAAACUAUCUCUUCAUGGGCGACUAUGUCGACCGAGGCUACUUCUCCGUCGAGACUGUGACCCUUCUGGUCGCGCUCAAAAUUCGAUACCCCCAGCGCAUCACCAUCCUCCGUGGCAACCACGAGUCCCGUCAAAUCACCCAAGUGUACGGCUUUUACGACGAGUGUCUCCGCAAGUACGGCAACGCCAAUGUGUGGAAAUACUUCACAGACCUUUUCGACUACCUGCCGCUCACUGCCUUGAUCGACAACCAGAUCUUCUGUCUGCACGGUGGUCUCUCUCCUAGCAUUGACACGCUCGACAACAUCAGGGCGCUUGACCGCAUACAAGAGGUGCCUCACGAGGGACCAAUGUGCGACCUGCUCUGGUCCGACCCAGACGACAGGUGCGGCUGGGGAAUCUCACCCCGCGGUGCAGGAUACACGUUCGGUCAGGACAUCUCAGAGGCCUUCAACCACAACAACGGCCUGACCCUAGUGGCACGUGCUCAUCAGCUAGUCAUGGAGGGGUACAAUUGGUCGCAAGACAGGAAUGUCGUGACCAUCUUCUCGGCACCCAACUACUGCUAUAGAUGUGGCAACCAGGCCGCGAUCAUGGAGAUUGAUGAGCACCUGAAGUACACCUUCUUGCAAUUUGACCCUUGCCCACGUGCUGGCGAGCCCAUGGUCUCACGAAGGACCCCCGAUUACUUCCUUUAG